GCAGCCAGCGUUGCAUUGGGUGGCCAGAUUGCCAUAUUGGGCGGCCCAAUCUGGCAACACUGCCCGUGAGCCUUUGCGCGCGGAGCCGAAGCCGUUCGUUCCGUGCAGCGGAGUGAGUCGGUGGGAAGGGGAACCCGGUCCUCCGCCUCCAGGCUCUUUGUUGGUGCUCGGCCUCCGCGGCACAAACACACUGGGACACACCACUCGGAUACUCGGGACUACUUCGUGGGCGAGCAAAAGUAUUUUUGGCUGCUGUGCUCAAAAAACCCUCCAGAGCACCUCACACAAUCGUGAAGUCGGCCCCCCCUGAAAUGGGAUGGGCCACCGGCAGAGUCUCUGAAGAACCAGCAGCCUCCAGACCGACCCCAGAGACCCCCCGCCACAACGCAUAGGAACACACAAACCAAAAGGCACGCCAGGCCCCCCGUGCUGGAACGUCGGGACCGCCCCCGCCGGGAAUCAUGUCGGGGAUCCCCCCAGCGACCGGAGGUCCGCCCCAGCUUGCCAACAUGCCCCCCCCAGAGGUGAUCAACCCGGCCACACCCGGGAGGAAGACCAACCAGCUGGCGUACAUGCAGAACGUGGUGGUCAAGUCUCUGUGGCGCCACCAGUUCGCCUGGCCCUUCUACCACCCCGUCGACGUGGUCAAGCUGGGACUGCCGGAUUAUUACACGAUCAUAAAGACCCCUAUGGACAUGGGGUCGAUCAAGAAGAGACUGGAGAACAACUACUACAGCAGCGCCGGAGAGUGUAUGCAGGACUUCAACACCAUGUUCACCAACUGUUAUAUAUACAACAAGCCUACGGAUGACAUCGUGCUGAUGGCCCAGGCGCUGGAGAAGGUGUUCCUCCAGAAGGUGUCUCAGAUGCCCCCUGGACAUGAGGAGGUCCUGCCUGCUGCUGCACCCAAAGUGAAGCCCAAGAAACCCACCACCCCAGGCGGUCAGGACGGCACAGUGACCUCCUGCACCCCCGCCACACCUCCACCGUCCUCAGAGCUGGGGAUGAACUCCUCCACCUCCAACUCCUCCUCGCUGCCCAACUCCCCCACCCAGUCUUCUGUCAAAACGCUGAAGAGGAAGGUCCUCUCGACCCCGCCGCCGGCGCUCCCGGCCGCCGUCCAGGUGGCGUCGCCGCCGCCGGAGAGCGAGGCGUCCCUGGAGAAGAAGCGGCGCGAGAGCACGGGGCGGCCCAUCAAGCCGCCCAAGAAGGCGCUGGCGGAGGAGGAGGAGACGGCGCAGCACGCCACCAAGAGGGGCCGCCUCACGGAGCAGCUGCGCUUCUGCGAGGGCAUCCUGAAGGAGUUGCUGUCCAAGAAGCACGCGGCGUACGCCUGGCCCUUCUACAAGCCCGUGGACGCCGAGGCCCUGGCGCUGCACGACUACCACGACAUCAUCAAGCUGCCCAUGGACCUGGGCUCCGUCAAGAAAAAGAUGGACGAGCGGAAGUACCACGACACUCAGGCGUUUGCGGCGGACGUCCGAUUAAUCUUCUCAAAUUGUUACAAAUACAACCCUCCGGAUCACGAAGUGGUCGCCAUGGCACGGAAACUCCAGGACGUGUUCGAGAUGAGGUUCGCCAAGAUGCCGGACGAGGCGGUGGACCUGAGCUCGCCGGGGGGCGGGACCCCGAAGAACGCCAAGUUCAGCCUCAACAGCGGCAACUCCUCGGUGUCGGGCAUGUCGGACGGCGAGGAGGACCACGCCAGCCGCCUCGCCGAGCUGCAGGAGCAAGUGGGCGCUGAACAGCUGAAAGCCGUGCACGAGCAACUGGCGGCGCUGUCGCAGGCGCCCGGCAGCAAGCCCAAGCGGGCCAAGGAGAAGGACAAGAGGAGGGAGGGGCGGCCGGGAGAGGAGAAGAGGAGCUCCAAGCCCGCCCGGCCGGGCCAGCCGAAGAAGACCUCCAAGAAGUCCUCCAGCAGCAGCCUCAAGAAGGGGCCGAGGGAGUACGACUCUGACGACGAGUCCCUCCCCAUGACCUACGACGAGAAGAGGCAGCUGAGCCUGGACAUCAACCGCCUGCCGGGGGGCAAGCUGGGCCGGGUGGUCCGCAUCAUCCAGACCCGGGAGCCCUCCCUGAGGGACUCCAACCCCGACGAGAUCGAGAUCGACUUCGAGACGCUGAAGCCGUCCACGCUGCGCGAGCUGGAGCAGUACGUCAAGUCCUGUCUGUACAAGAAGAUGAGGAAACCGGGCGAGGAGGGAGCGGCUGGGAACAGCGACAGCAGCAGUUCGUCUGACUCAGCCAGCAGUAGCUCCAGUGAUUCCAGUUCAGACAACAGUGAGCCCGACUGAGUUCCAUGAUCGUGGAGCGAGAUAACGGACAAUGUGAUUAGAGCAGUACAAUGAGGCACGACCUCCAUCUUAUAGUUUGUGUUGUCAUGGAAACCACAUUAGGGGGAGGGAGGGGGCGGCCCUCCUGAAGGUUCUGCUCUACCGACGAGUCUCCCUGGAUAUGUCACACGUCCAUCGUGACAUCCACCCUGACACGAAGUCCACCCACACAACAAUCACAACAUCGUCAUGAUCUCCUGUCGCAAUAUCUAUCGCAAUACCCAAAUUGACACAAUAUCCACCAUGAUAUGAUGCUAUCCACUCUUUAAUCUGUCACGAUAUCCCACACAAAUAUACCACCACCUCCAUCGUGAUACUCACCACAUCUAUGUCAUGACCUCUCUAUCGCGAUUUAUAUGGUGAUAUCCACAAUCACAUGUCCACCACAAUGUAUAUCAUGAUACCCACCACAAUAUAUUGCCGUCGAUCUAUAUCGCGAUAUCCAUCAUGAUCGUCCAUGUAGGCAGGAUGCUGUAAAAAGGGGUGUGUGUGCGUGCGUGCGUGCCUGCGUGUGUGUGUGUCACACACUCUUGUUUUGUUGUACAGCCGAUCCGAUGUGCAUAUCUGUGUGGUCCAUGGCAGCUGAAGGUCUUUCAACCUCUACACAUUUGUUUUGUACAAAAGAAAAUUUAAUCUGACCGCAUGAUUGGAUGGAUUUGAAUGUUGGUGCAUAGUCUUGAGUGUGUGUGUGAGGGUCAGUUUGGGUUAUGAUCACUGAUUAAAGGUUGUGAGGAAUCUGUCGUAGGUGGAGGUUUAAGACGUGUCUACCUUAGUGGUGAGGGGCUCCUUAGUGUCUGAAUGUAUGGUGAAGUGGCUCCCUGUUGAACUCAGUGAAUAGACUUAUCCUGCUCUGGUUCUCUGCUCGGAAAAAUAUGGUUUCAAUAACUUUUUUGGAAAAAUGUAAAAUACAUUUUAUAAAAAUAAACGAAAACAAAACAAACAAAAAAAGGAUAUUCUCUGUUAUAUUUAUUUUUAUGCCCAGAUAUCUAUGUUCACGUUUCUCCGCCUUAAGUUGUCUGUUAUAGUUUUUUUCAUUUUGUCGUUUUUUUUCUGAAUGUUUUCUCAUUGGUCAAAUGCUGACCAAGAACAUGUAUAUAAAUAUAUAGAUAUUUUCAAAUCUAACUUCUUUUUUAUGCUUUUGUUGUAAUAUGAUAGCCUCUUUUUAUAUAUAUAAAAAAGGAUUUCUACUUUUUAUUUUUAACAUGCAUGGAGAUUUGUUGUACCUCAAUUUAGCUUUCUUUUUUUAAGUCUUGUUUUAAGGUGUCUUCUUUUUAUGUUGCCCAUAAAAGGACUUGUGUAUCCUCUGUAAAUAAGUUUAGGCUUGCUCAUGUAAAUGUCUGCCAUAAUCAACGAGUAGAAGUUAUCAUUUAAUGUUUCUGCAAAACUGUAAUAAGAGCUAACUUCCUUUUUGGUUUUUCUUCAAUAAAUACAACAAGAAGCCUGACAAA